GUCUUCCUUGCAAUGUUCUCAGAUUAGCUUUGGACAUGACCAGCAGCCUUCCGUGGGCCAGAUGCUGGACCAGGAAACCUACAGAAUAGCAAUGCUUUUAUAAAAGAAAACAUUUUUUUUAGCUUUAUCACCAAAGAAGACAAAAAGUAGGAGGAUACAGACAGCUUUCCAUUUGGAUUACUUUUUCUUAUCCAUUUGAUUUUUGAGGGCACUAAGGGGAAGAAGCUUUGACAUCAAGGAGGUUGGAGUGGAGAAAACCAAAAUGAAACCGAGGCUCUUGCUCACUUGCCUGGCAGCUUUCUACUGUUUGAGUGGCUGUCUGUCCUCAGAGCUGUCCUUCCUGCUAGAGCCAAGUGAUGUGAUCGCGGUGAGGGACCGUCCACUCAUGCUGGACUGUCGGGUACAGGGCGAGGAACCGAUCAUGGUCACUUGGCGUAAAAAUGGGGUACCUUUACCUAUCAGUCCGCGGGUCCGGGUGCUGGCGAAUGGCACGCUGUUCAUCCAGAGUUUCCAGAAACGCAGAGAGGGGAGUGACGCAGAUAUGGGGGAGUACGACUGCGCCGCCCAAAAUCGCUAUGGCUUGCUGGUCAGCCGCAAGGCCAAAGUCCAUUUGGCAUCUCUUCCGAAGUUCCACACCCACCCUCUGUCUAUGUCGGUGGAUGAGGGAAGCGUAGCCCGCUUCCAGUGUCAGAUCAACGGAGUACCUGAAGCUAAUAUCACCUGGGAGAGAGACAGAGCACCGCUCAACACCACCGACAACAGAUACACUCUCCUGCCGAUGGGUAUUCUCCAGGUGACAGGCGUGAGGCAGGCAGAUGCAGGAGUUUUCCGCUGUGUCGCCACCAACAUCGCCAAUACUCGCUACAGCCAUGAGGCCAUGCUCAACAUCACUGGUGGGGCUCCCAGAACCUACAAGGAGCCAGUCAUCCUGUCAGGGCCCCAGAAUCUGACCAUCACUGUCCAUCAGACGGCCAUCUUGGAGUGCAUCGCCACAGGAAACCCGAGGCCAAUUGUUUCCUGGAGCAGGCUAGAUGGACGCUCCAUCGGGGUGGAGGGGAUCCAGGUACUAGGAACAGGGAACCUGAUGAUCUCAGAUGUUUCCCUGCAGCACUCUGGUGUGUAUGUGUGUGCUGCAAAUCGGCCCGGCACAAGAAUGAGACGUACUGCACUCGGACGACUCGUAGUACAAGCUCCUCCUGAGUUCCUGCAGUGGCCCCAGUCUGUGUCCAAACCAGCAGGGGGCAGUGCUGUUUUCACCUGUGUGGCCCAGGGCGUCCCUGAGCCUCAUCUCAUCUGGCUGAAGAAUGGCAAGGUCCUGAUGCCCGGACACAACGUCAAGCUGACCAAUAACAACAGCACUCUGGCUCUGACCCGUAUCAGCUCAGAUGAUGAGGCCAUCUACCAGUGCAUUGCAGAGAACAGUGCUGGUACCAAUCAAGCCAGUGCCCGCCUCGCCGUGGCCCAGGUGAAAGACCUGCCCGCCGCUCCCCAGGGCCUCAAAGCCAGCGUGCUGUCAACCAACGCCCUGCAGAUCACAUGGAGCCAGCCACCCGCCAAUGUCACUGAAAGCAUCAUCGGCUACGUCCUGCACAUACGCAAGAUAGGAGAGCCUGACAGUCUGGAGCUGCAGGAAGCCAUCAGUAAAGGUACCUUCCAGCAUGAUGUGACCAACCUGGAGCCAGCCACCACCUACUCCCUCUUCUUGAAGGCCUACUCCCCUCUGGGGGCCAGCCAGCAGUCCCACACUGUGGUGACUACAACACUAGGGGGCGUGCCAACCGCUCCGACCUUCUUCACCAAGGUGGUGAACUCCAGUGCCGUGCAAGUCCUGUGGGAGCUCCCCAGUAAGGCUGGUAAGGCUGAGGGCUUUAGGCUGUCCUAUCGCAGGGUCCCCCACGCUGACUAUCAGACGCCAAUCCAGCUGCCCUGUCACGUCAAUGCUCACACCAUUGCUAAUCUGGAUCCAGGCGCAGUGUAUGAAGUCAAACUGGUGGCCUACAAUGGAAACGGGGAGAGUGACUGCGCCAAGAGGCUGGUGUCGCUGGCAGAGGAAGGCUCAAGUGACAAAACCACUGGAGAGAACAGUCUGUGUCAGUGCAGGGAAGGAGAGGCCUCUCUUGGCAGCAUCGUCAUUGGCAUCCAUAUCGGCACUGCCUGUAUCAUCUUCUGUGUUCUUUUCCUCAUGUUUGGAUACCGCCGCAGUCUGUUUUGCAGUAAAGGGACUCAGGACAGCUGGUCUGUACCGAGGGACAGCACAGGACACAACGGCAUCCCUAAAGAUGGAGCAAACCGCCCCAGAGUAGAGCCGGUGCCUCAGCAGGUGGUCUGUCCAGCGCAGUACCAGGUCGUCAUUGAGCAGCACUUGUCAGGUUUGCCUGGCACGGACACUGGCUAACACUGGUCAAUGAUAUCAACACCAACAUCCCUUUCCUUCUCCCCCCAGCAGUCUACUCACUUAUGAAACCCAAGCCUCCCAUUAAUGAGCACCUUCUGUGCCCUUUGAUAGGGGUCAGUCAUAGGUUUCUUCAUCCCAGACCUGCUGCUAAUAACCUGAAAGUAGCCUCCAUAAAACUGUGACAGAAAGCUGAUAGAGCUAAGAGAUAUCCUAGUCCUUUGCCAUCCCACCCCCAUCCUCCAAUUCUACCUCAAACCAAAGCUUAUUGCCUUUAUUGCCUGUGCAUGUGCACAUGUGCAUGUAGAAAAAGCCUUCAAAGAGCAUUGCCACUCCAGAUAAGGUCUUGUCACAUUCUUCUUGCAUGCACACCACAAACACUCAUGUCAGUUUUUUUCCAGUAGGAGUCUGUUCCAUAACCAAAAUAUUAUAUUUCUCAGAUCUCCUCUGGUAAGCUGACAUGUGAAGAUUGUGCACCAUGGUGUUAAAACCUCAAAUUAAGCCAUUAUUAGUCUGUUGUGACAGAACUCUAGACUUUGCCUUCAGUUCCUCUGCAAUAAGAAAAGGAAGAAACAUAGUGGCCUUUGCGAACGCCUUAUGAGGGGGAAAGUCGGAUUAAAAAUGAUUGUCUAUCACCAUAUGAGCCAUUUAGAGGAACAAUGUAAACAGGCAUUCUUUAUUCAACCCUUCCUCAACCAAAAGCUGCAUACCUCCAAAGAAAGCUACCUCAGUUUUACAAGAAUGUCUGAGCCAUACUUGAGGCCGAUUUUAGCCUGAUUAUGCAGCGUGUGCUAGCCUACCUCAACCAAAAAAUACUGACACCCUUUCCCUUCAGCAACCACUUCCUCGACCAGUGCCAGUGAUCCAUGUCAGUCGCCAACCAGGACAGUCCAAAGAUUGCUCACCAGGAUGACUACCAGGGAGAGCGGAACUGUGGCAGAGCCUCAGUUCCACUGCCACAAGCCUUAGUGAAUCGGAGAUCGACAAGAGCCUUAACGACCUCCUCUUCAAGCCAGGUCACCUUUUGUUUCCGUCAACACUGCCAGUUUUGGUGGAAAUCUCCAACUUUUCUGAUCUCACAUCAGCAGACAUUAAGGAGUACAUGAAGUUUUUGCCUCCUUGAUUACUCUUGCUCAACUAUGUGGCUAUUCAUGGCUCUCAAAUACCCACGAGGAUCCAUCUCCAAAGACAUAUUUGUGCAGAGAAUGUGGCUCAUGGAAAAUAUGGACGUCAAAGAAUGUUUUGUGAACCAUUUAAGCAAUGCAUUCAAUUUUUUUUUUCCAUGAAGCCCAUCAAAGAAAACAACAUCAAACUAACAGGAUGCUUCUUUGAUCUGCACACCUGCAAACCUGAUAGCGUACUGAUGCUAAGCCAAAAAACUACUGCUUGAGGCCAUGCAGCCAAGUUCACUCUCCAGAUGCCAAAUCGGUUACCCUGGGACCUCGAUGACACUGAGUUGGCGGCGAAAGAAGUUUUAAGGUGACACGUGCCUGAAUGCACGGAUGAGGCUCGUGUUUCACCGUGUCAGCCUAUCCAAAAAGUUCUUCUAUGAAAACCAAGCUGAAUGAUACCCAAAGAUGUAAACAUUUUGAUGGUUUUCCUUUUUUCCUUUAAGAAAUUAUUUUAAGAGAGAAUACAUUUACUUAAAAUUUUUGGAUGUUCCUGUUUGAUAGGGGUCGCCUGUGUGAAAAGUGCUUUAACUGAACUCAAGCCAAAAAAAAAAAAUUCUCAUGAUUUUGUUGUCAUUUUUUUUUUAAAUAAUACUUUUCAUAUCCUUAAGUUUGGUCAUUCCAGGUGCACCCUUCAACAUGGAACCCUUUAUUUUGUUGACAACUUUUAACUUCUAGUGAGCGACCAAAUGAAGAUGUCAGAUAUUUUGAAAGACUUUCUAUGUCAAUACUAUAAGGAAUACUUGCUUUCUUUUUUAAAGUAGUUCGAUUCUUGCCAAAUAUUUAGCUAUCUUAAAGAAAUAUCUAACCAAAUACCUCUACAUUUUUAACAUUCAGAGUCUUUACCUUUAAACCUCCUCAUAACCAAAGCACAGCAACACGCUUUGUGAGCGUGAUUAUAUACAUGUGUGUGAAUGACGAACAAUAGGUGAACCUUGAGGGCAGCAGCUUUGAGAAGAAACCAAAAGUUAGAUUUAAAAAAGUUGCUUUUGACCCUAAGCUUUUUAUACAAAGCCUUCCAAAGAACACAACUGCAUUUAAAGUCCAGCUGAUAAUGAAUUCCACAUUUUAUUCUAACAAAACAGUGCCCAAAAAGCAGAAAUUAAUUUUGCAUGUCUCAAAUAAUUUUGUUAUUGUUUCUAUAUUCUUUACUUAUAAUGUCGCCUUUUUAUCACUGACACUGACUAACCCACCCAGUUGCCAGAAAAAUGUUUGCAUUGUACAUUUCUGCAAACCACUGAUAUGCUACAUUUGUAUGUAAUUAUGUAGGGGAUGCAGUGAAACUUUACAUUUUAACAACUCUGUGUUUAAUGUGUGCCAUUUUAAACAGAGAUAGUGCCAUAUGGAAGACCUGCCAUUAUGCUGUCUUUGCUUUUUUACACCUAACUAAAUACAUUAUGCUGACCUCACUUUGAUAUAAUUUUGUCUGCAAACAUGCAUGAUUGAUUGUGAUUUCAGAUGGACUUUAAAAAAAGGUUUCCCUACUGAAACCCUGAAAAUAAUGCUUUGAACCAGGGUUUCAACCAUUGCUUUACAUCUUGGCUGAAGAAACUCACAUAUCUUUAACCAAAAGUGUGUUUUGCCUCAAGCUUUAAUGGUCCUCAAGGUUUAUCUUUACCCUUUCCUAGUAUUUUAGCUUCACUCAAAGCAGAACUUUAUAAAAGAUAAGGGCUUUUCCCCUUGUCUCCUUUCUGACAUGUUAGCUGUUAACCAAUGCGAUACCAAAAAGCGUAUUUGAUAUGGAAGACCUAAAAAGUCGAUGUGUUUUUUGUAGUGUGAAGUGUGUAGUGGUUAAACUAGUUUUUAAAAUGGAAAGCAUUUGUUGCUUCUGUUUGGAACGAUUCAUUUCUCUGUCUCUUUUCAUUUGAGUCUUAUGUUCUUCCUGCUGUGCACAGGAAAAAUUGCCAAAGCAAAUGUUUGCUUUUUUUGAAAAAAGUUUUUAUUGUUAUUAUUAUUAUUAUUAUUAGAUCUCAUAACAUUAAUUAUGAUCAUUUCAACUGUUUUCUUUUGUUGACAUGUGUACGGAUGAUAUGAUUGUUAGGAUUAAUUGAUGAUGGCCUUUGAGCAAGUGAUGUGAUUUUUCCAGAGACACUAAAUUUAAGACUGGAGAUUUCUUGAAGCCAAACUCACGUUCUGCCCUGAAGAGCCAGCGACUAGAAGAAAAUGAACCUCAGAAAAAGGAAAAAAAAAACGUAGGACAGUAGAGACUGGCUGCUAGUACCAACGAGAAACAAUGCUUUAAUGAUUAUAAGUGCUUCUCUGUUCUCUAAGCUUUCCACUGGUGUAAUGUAGCCAACUGAAAACCUAAAGCUUUAAACUGUUGUGAUUAAGGCCCCGUCCUCGGUCUUUGGCCAAAAUGAAAAUGUUUGGAGGUACAGGACAUGACUAUAGAUAAGCUGGAAACAGAGAUCAAGCUGUGACAUGGAAGGGUUUGACUGUACACAAAAUGGUGUCAGUUCACACAAAUGACUAAAAAACCUCAUAGUUGUGUUUCCCAAUGUUUUUUCCACUAAUCCAGUAAAAUGGAAGUGGACGGAAUUUCUGUAGCUUUAAACUAGACAGUGCAACUUUUGAAAGAAAAAAAUUGAGAUACCACAAGCGGUAAGAGGGCGAUAAAUGUUUUUUGGUGAUUUGUUUGAACUGACCCUUUGGUGUUAUUUAUUUAUUUAUUUAGCCUACAAGCCCCUGCUGUAAGUCUCAAAGUUGUAAAGGUAAUUACAAGACAACACCAGUUCUUUGGCCAUGGACACCGGUGGUGCUCAUAUGACAAAUUAAUUGCAUAUUUAUUGUCAGGCAAAUCCUGAUGGUACUGAGUGUCCAUAAGCUACUCUUCUUUGAAGCAAUGUGUUUCUGUUGAGUUUUGCAUAUAAACCAAAUAACUUAUUAAGAAAUGUAUGAUAAUGAGCACAGAAGAAACAUCACUUUAAAGCUAAAUCUGGUGUCAAGUUUUACAUUUUUACAUAAUUAUUAAAGUGUGAUAUUUUAAAUUAAGAAAAGAGUUAAAAUUACCUGCUAACUUUGAACUCUCUGAUUCCUGCCAAACAGCUUGGGCUCUUGGUGACUGCUCUAUCUGAAUGUCUGACCUGACCUUUGCCUUUUUCUCCUUCUUUGAUCACAUUCCAACAUGCCUAAAACCAAAUAAAGACUUUUUGCCUAAUUAA